UCUCUCUCUCUCUCUCUCUCUCUCUGUGGGUCUUCUUCUCUCUAUAAAUACUUUCUUCUCUGUGUUUUCUGUUGAUCCCUCGGAGAUUGAUUAGCAGAAAGUGAAUUAGAUCUCUAAUGGCGUUUCCUCAGAGAAGAAGAACGCCUUCCUUCUCUUCGUCUCUCCUCGAUGCUAUCUACCGCUCGAUCGACGAAUCCGACGGUCUUGAAACAGCCACCAAACCCACUUUCUAUCGUCCCGACAGCAACAGCAACAGCAAAACUGUUCCUUCAUCGAACAAGAGAAACAUCCUCUGCGACAGCAAUAAGCUGAAGAGUCUCCAACGAGCCAUCGCCAUGGACGACGAAAACUGGGUCUAUGCCCGAAGCAGCAGCUAUGGAGGAACCACUGUCCAUCAUUCUAGCUCCAAUUCUUCAGAUUCCUCCAGCUCUGCCGCAACCUUUUCUUCCUCCGAGACCGAAUCUUGGGGCGGAGAGAGAAGAUCGAGAAGACCCGAGAAACUUGCGGCUCAAGGCAAGAGAUCGGAGUCGGAGAAGAAGAAGAAAACCGAGCAAACCCUAGACGAGAGAUUCUCCAAGAACGGAGACGGUAAGCUCAAAGCUGUGAGAAUCUUCGAAGAGCUCAAGAGAUCCAAGCAGCCGAUUUCGCCAGGCGCUCGUCUCAGCAGUUUCCUCAACUCCGUUUUCCAAUCCAACGCCAGGAAAGUGAAGCUUUGCUCCGUCGGCGCGACCAGAGACGUCAGGUCAUCUUCCUCCAGGUCCUGCUUCAGCAGAACAAGACACAACACAGCAGAAGACAAGACCAAGAACGAGAACAGCGGCAUGAAAAGAUCUGUCAGAUUCUACCCAGUAAGCGUGAUCGUCGACGGAGAUUGCAGAAACAAGAACAUUCACGAGAAAAACCCGAGUUCGAAGCGGGAAUUCCCUCAAAACAACAAGGGUGCAGGUAAGAGAUCGUCCCUCGGAGAUGAGCUCAAGAUCAGUCAUCACAGUGAGGUGACUUGUAUAGCAAGCAAGGCCGGUCUGAAACAUUUCUCGGGAAAAUACGAAGAAGACGAAGAUGGAGGAACAGAAGAGAACGACGAUGUCUGGAGCUAUUCGAGUUCGGAUCUGUUCGAACUCGACCAUCAUCGGGCUCGUUACAGAGAGGAGCUUCCUGUUUACGAAACAACUGAUUUCAGCACUAAUCAAGCCAUUGCUCGAGGCUUGAUUCUGUAGCUUUUGAGUUUAUUAAAUUAUCAUAAUUAAAUGUCUUUAAUUUUUUCAUUUAUUUUUUUUUUUCGUUUUAUCUAUCCAAAUAUUUUCGGUUUUUA